GCUCUUUCAUACCUUACCAUUUAUGGUUACAGAAAGCUUCGUAACAAGGGAACUAAGUUAGGAGUUUAGCCACAGCAAAGCAAACUCAGAGAAGUACAGGAAAGGAGAAGGGGGAAAAAAAAAAAAAAAUAAUCCCUUUCAGCUCUAAGUUCCACUGCUAUCACAAACCUGUCAUGUAACAGAAGUUUUUUCAUCAGAGAAAGAACCAUUUCAUCAAAAAAAAAAGAGAUUGUUCAGAUUUCACAACUCUAAAUUAUGUUGGGAAAAAAGUUGGUGACUGCACAGAAGCGGGGGGAGACAAGAGCCCUGUGCCUGGGACUGGGAAUGGUCGCGUGCUCCACGAUGAUGUACUUCUUCAUUGGGAUCACCAUUGUGCCAUUCUACACUAAAAGUGUCUGGACAACAGAAACUGUGUGCAAGGUACUCAAAGCCAACAUCAAGGACAAAGUUCUCUGCCCAAACAGCGAAGGCUCAGAGGAUGAGGAUAUCUUUCCUUAUCCCUGUCUACAGGUGUGGGUUAAUCUGACAGCCUCAGGACAAGAGGUUAUGCUGUAUCAGACUGAAGAUACACUGGAAAGAAAUCCUAAGUGCUCAUAUGUCCCAGGCAAGUCGGAGAACUCUAAAGAAGUUAAAGCACGAAUAGAAACAAUUGCAAGCAAUUUCAAAAAAUACCAGACUUUCCCAUGCUACUACGACCCAGGAGGAACGCAGACCAAUGUCAUUUUAAGCAGACUUUAUCCCCCGAAAGGCCUCCUCUUUGCUUUCCUUUGGCCUACACUCAUGUUUACUGGUGGAUGUCUGAUUAUUGUUCUGGUAAAAAUUAGUCAGUAUGUUUCCGUUCUUUCUGCUUGGCAGUAGAAAAUAAGUAUCUAGCCUAGAUUGUUGCAAGAUAUUAAAGUGCCUUUGUUCUGCC